UAAAUAUGGUGCAACGUUAGCUGUUACAAAACCGGCAGGUGGACGGAGCAGAUAUAUUUAGAAAAAAAAAACAUUCACUGGGAUUUAAUUGAAGCUGAAAUAGAAGAAAAUGGACCGGACUGUGAGUCUACUCGACCAACACUCCAAAACUCCAGUCACUCUGGUUGAGAGCAGCAGCGCCCCCGGUGGUCUGGAACUGGUCAGCUCCUAUCAGACCAACAGGGUGGGAGACCCCAUGGACCUGGUGGCUCUGGCAGCACAAGUACAGAAGGGAGAUGAUUUUAUCAAAGCUAACGCCUGCAACAAGCUGACAGUCAUCGCCGAUCAGAUCAGAUACCUACAGGAACAGGCGAGAAAGGUUUUGGAAGAGGCUAAAAGAGACGCUGACCUCCAUCACGCUGCCUGUAACAUCGUGAAGAAACCAGGGAACAUGUACUACCUCUACGAACGGCCGUCAGGACAGAAAUACUUCUCCAUCAUCUCUCCUAAGGAAUGGGGUCCCAGCUGCCCUCAUGUUUUCGUCGGUGCCUUCAAACUCCAGCAUGACAUGUCGUGGACGCCCGUGGACGAGGUGGAGAAAAGGGACGCAGAAAUCGCCAUCAUGGACAAACUGCUGAGCCGGCAGACCGCCUUACCGCCGUAUUCAGAACCCAACUUCAAAGGCCUGAACGAAUGACGGACCCCUGGACCCGGACUGAACGAGUUUUAUAAAAA